UUUGCCAUUGUGUUUUAAUGGUAAACGUGUUUGGAUCUUUUUAUAAUUGUGGCUCCACUAGAUUCACUUUGAAUCUUGGUAAAUUGCCUUUUUGGUGUAAAUAAUUUAUUGAAAUAGCAACAAUUUUCUUAAGAAUCUCUAGAUAUUGUGAAUAUUAUUGAGUUAAUCAUGUCAGACGAAAAGAAAGGAGGUGACGUUGACGGUUUGUCUUCUGGUUUAUCAACUCAAUUGAACAUCAAUGCUCCCGUUUUUGUGCCUUCAAGUUUUAGUUUUUCAGUAACUAAUAAUACUAAUAGUUCAGCCUCUGGACCAGGGGCCUUAAAUGAUCAAUCAUCUAGUGGUGCAAAUGUCAACAGCUCACAAUCCGACCAGGUUGAAUCACAAGAACCAGUAGACGAUUGGGAGGAAGUCGAUGACGGUGAAAUUGAAGAAGAAGGUGAUGAAGAAGGAGAUGAUGAAGAAGAUAUUGACAUCACUGAUGAAGCUGUUGAAAAAGAAAAUGAAGCUGAACUAGGAGGCGAUGGUGCAACUAGUGAAAAAUUAGUGAGCAAAAAAAGGAAAGGUGGUAAAAAAAGAGUCUCAGAAUCUAGUGACAAAUCAGUUAAAAAACAACAUGUUAAUGUUGUUUUCAUUGGCCAUGUUGAUGCCGGUAAAAGUACCAUCGGUGGACAAUUGUUAUAUUUAACUGGUAUGGUCGAUAAACGUACACUGGAAAAGUAUGAAAGAGAAGCCAAGGAGAAAAACAGAGAGUCAUGGUAUCUUUCAUGGGCUUUAGAUACCAACCAAGAGGAACGAGAUAAGGGUAAAACUGUUGAAGUUGGAAGAGCUUUUUUCCAGACGGAACAUAAACAUUUCACAUUACUUGAUGCUCCUGGACACAAAGGUUUCGUGCCUAAUAUGAUUUGUGGAACCUCUCAAGCUGAUUUAGCUGUACUUGUUAUCUCAGCCAGAAAAGGUGAAUUUGAAACUGGAUUUGAAAGAGGAGGACAAACCAGGGAACAUGCUAUGCUUGCCAAAACUGCCGGUGUUAAAUUUAUGAUUGUACUGAUAAACAAAAUGGACGAUCCAACAGUUUGUUGGAACGAAGAACGGUUCGCUGAAUGUAGAGAUAAGCUUCUUCCAUAUCUUAAAAGGUGCGGGUUCAACCCUAAAACAGAACUUCACUUUAUGCCAUGUUCAGGCUUAGCUGGCACAUUUCUUCGCGAUAUACCCCCAGAAAGUGUUUGCCCUUGGUACAGAGGACCGGCCUUCCUAGAUUUUAUUGAUACAUUACCUGACCUAGAUCGUAAACAUGACGGACCUUUCAGACUACCCGUGGUUGAUAAAUACAAAGAUAUGGGAACCGUAAUAUUUGGUAAAGUGGAACAAGGCUCUGCUAAAAAGGGAGCCACACUUUUAUUAAUGCCGAACCGUAAACAAGUUGAAAUACUGCAAUUAUGGUGUGAUGAAGAUGAAGUAAACCAAGUUUUCUCGGGAGAAAAUGUAAAAAUAAAGCUUAAAGGAGUAGAAGAAGAGGAGGUUUCCCCUGGUUUUGUAAUUUGUGAUCCUGUCACUCCAUGUAAUGUUGGUAAAAUUUUUGACGCUCAAGUGGUUAUUCUAGAGCAUAAAUCAAUUAUAUGUUCAGGAUACUCAGCAGUUCUCCAUAUUCACACCGCUGUUGAAGAGAUAUCCGUUAAAGCCAUUUUAUGUUUGAUUGAUAAGAAAUCAGGAGAAAAGUCUAAGACUAGACCAAGAUUUGUUAAACAGGAUCAGAUUGCUAUAAUGAGGCUUGAAUGCUCUGGUGGUAUGAUUUGUAUGGAACCAUUCGCACAAUUCCAACACAUGGGAAGAUUCACUUUGCGUGAUGAAGGAAAAACAAUCGCCAUUGGUAAAAUCCUAAGAGUAGUGGAAUAAAUCGAAUUAGAUAACUCGAAUACAAAUCAACCUUCAACAUCGUCUGCUGAAACAUUGAGUUAACAUCGGGAAUCUAAAAAAUAUACAUUUAUAAUAUAAAUAUUUUUUGCCUCUGAUCAUUCAUUCAUAUGUCAACCCAGUUUAACACAAUUAAUCAUAAUUAAAACAUGUUAUGAUUAAUUUAAAAAAAACUU